AUGUUAUUUUAUCUGAACACCUUAAAUUUGACAAGGUUUUUGAGAGAAGAUGCUCGAUCUCUUAGUGAGAAUGAAAGUGAUGCACAAGUUGUUGCAACAGUGGAUGCAUGGAAACAUGCAGAUUUUUCCUGCAGGAGCUAUAUCCUAAAUGGAUUGGAUAACACAUUAUACAAUGUGUAUAGUCCAAUCAAGACCGCAAAAGCAUUGUGGGAUUUGCUUGAUCGCAAAUAUAAAACAAAAGAUGCUGGAACAAAGAAAUUUGUUGUCGGUUGCUUCCUUGAUUUUAAGAUGGCGGAUUCCAAAAUAGUGAUCAAUCAAGUCCAAGAAGCUCAAGCCAUCCUGCAUGAAAUUCAUGCAAAAGGAAUGUCUCUGAGCGAAUCUUUUCAAGUGACAGCUAUUAUUGAAAAAUUACUUUCGACUUGGAGGGGUUUCAAAAACUAUUUAAAACAUAAAUGCAAAGAGAUAUCACAAGAGGAUUUGAUUGUUCAUUUGUGGAUUGAAGAGCAUAAUCGUGGUUCUGAAAACAAAAAUGGACAUCGUCUCAUGGAAUCCAAGGCAAACAUUGUGGAAUAUAAGCCAAAGUUUAACAAUAAGAAAAGGAAGCAUCCCAGAGAGAACUCUAAGCAAGGUGUUAAAAGUGGAGAUAGUCCGAAUUUUAAUGGCAAAAUGGGAUAUUGUGCCAAGGAUUGUCACAAGAGCAGGACUCAAGGGAACUACAAGAAAAAAAAACCUGCUCAAGCUAACUUAACUGAAGAAAAUAGUCUUUGUGCAAUGGUUUCGCACCUGAAUGUAUCUGGCAUUGUGUCUGAAGUCAAUUUGGUGGACAACCCCAAAGCAUAG